AUGGUCUCUGAGGAAAAAGAUUCCAGCAGCGACGACUCCUACUCUGGUGGUUUUGAAUUCCGACGCAGAAAAAAACGUAGGCAUGAAGAAGAAGCUUUCAAAAUGCCAACAAUCAUAAUAUCUGACUCAGAUACAGAAACAGAACAAGCUUUUGAGGAGAGUAUUGAUGACCAAACAAAAAAUGAGGAUGAGCUGGUGAGUUACAAAAAUAAUCUGGAGAUUAAUAAGGGUGAGAAAGAGAAGAGUGAGGAAGAUGACUUGUGUGUUCUUCAAGAUGCACUUGAGGCGGCGACAUCGUUUCAAGGUUUAAGUCAGUAUCAGAAGAAUUUGAUGUUUCAAAACUUGAAGAAUCUUGGAGCUGAAACAAUUAAAGAGUUCAUCGAUGAAUGGAAGGCAUUGAGUGUUGAGGAGCUACAUUUGAACAUCAAGAAAGAAACUCUCUUUGCAAAGUUUGAAAGCUGGAGUUUGAUAGUUUACUUAUCCAACGAAGAAAAGAAAUUCUGCUUUUGGAAUGAUUUAAUGUUUUAUGUUAUUCCUACUAAUGUUUCUACUUUCUUGUUGUGUGUUUUGAACUAUGCAUUAGCGUUUUAUAGGCCUGUGGCUUCUUUUUUUUUUAAAAGUUUUAUGGAAGACAACUUUUUUAAGUUUCAUAGUUUUUUUUUUAUCUCCAUUGAUGUGGUGGUUGCUGCUGCUACCUACUCUCAAGAUAAUCUGAUUCUUCUUCUGCCUUUCUGGGAUAACUUAGUGUGAAAAAGAAAGGGAUGUUUCACAGUUGCUGC